AUGGCCAGCAGACGCAGCUCGCUGCUGAAGUUCGCAACUGCAGUCGUCUCCGGCCUUUCACCAGUCGCCGUUCAGGACGGUGGAGGUGGAGGCGGAGAGGCGGACGUCGGGCCACCUCUGUCGCCCGUCCUGAAGCCCGAGCCGAUCUCUGCGGAGGGUGCUGUCAUCGUCUGUCAUUACACUUCCUGCCUUCUCAACUAUAUUCGAAUUCGGGCAUCCACCCCCGCCAUUCAUGUGACACAGCACUACAAGACGGUGGUGCACAGGUCUGUGGGGCAGGAGUGUACUGCGGGACCACGUUCUUCGGCCGACACCGAAGUUGGUACCUCACAGGCGAUCCAGGCGCAGCGGCGAACCAGGCGCAGCGGCGAACCAGGCGCAGCGGCGAACCAGGCGCAGCGGCGAACCAGGCGCAGCGGCGAACCAGGCGCAGCGGCGAACCAGGCGCAGCGGCGAACCAGGCGCAGCGGCGAACCAGGCGCAGCGGCGAACCAGGCGCAGCGGCGAACCAGGCGCAGCGGCGAACCAGGCGCAGCGGCGAACCAGGCGCAGCGGCGAACCAGGCGCAGCGGCGAACCAGGCGCAGCGGCGAACCAGGCGCAGCGGCGAACCAGGCGCAGCGGCGAACCAGGCGCAGCGGCGAACCAGGCGCAGCGGCGAACCAGGCGCAGCGGCGAACCAGGCGCAGCGGCGAACCAGGCGCAGCGGCGAACCAGGCGCAGCGGCGAACCAGGCGCAGCGGCGAACCAGGCGCAGCGGCGAACCAGGCGCAGCGGCGAACCAGGCGCAGCGGCGAACCAGGCGCAGCGGCGAACCAGGCGCAGCGGCGAACCAGGCGCAGCGGCGAACCAGGCGCAGCGGCGAACCAGGCGCAGCGGCGAACCAGGCGCAGCGGCGAACCAGGCGCAGCGGCGAACCAGGCGCAGCGGCGAACCAGGCGCAGCGGCGAACCAGGCGCAGCGGCGAACCAGGCGCAGCGGCGAACCAGGCGCAGCGGCGAACCAGGCGCAGCGGCGAACCAGGCGCAGCGGCGAACCAGGCGCAGCGGCGAACCAGGCGCAGCGGCGAACCAGGCGCAGCGGCGAACCAGAGGCGCAAGGAGAAGGAGGCAAGGAGAAGGAGGCAAGGAGAAGGAGGCAAGGAGAAGGAGGCAAGGAGAAGGAGGCAAGGAGAAGGAGGCAAGGAGAAGGAGGCAAGGAGAAGGAGGCAAGGAGAAGGAGGCAAGGAGAAGGAGGCAAGGAGAAGGAGGCAAGGAGAAGGAGGCAAGGAGAAGGAGGCAAGGAGAAGGAGGCAAGGAGAAGGAGGCAAGGAGAAGGAGGCAAGGAGAAGGAGGCAAGGAGAAGGAGGCAAGGAGAAGGAGGCAAGGAGAAGGAGGCAAGGAGAAGGAGGCAAGGAGAAGGAGGCAAGGAGAAGGAGGCAAGGAGAAGGAGGCAAGGAGAAGGAGGCAAGGAGAAGGAGGAGGAAGAGGAGGACAAGGAGGAGGAGGAGGAAGAGGAGGAGGAGGAAGAGGAGGAAGAGGAGGAGGAGGAAGAGGAGGAGGAGGAAGAGGAGGAGGAGGAAGAGGAAGAGGAGGAAGAGGAGGAAGAGGAGGAAGAGGAGGAAGAGGAGGAGGAGGAGGAGGAAGAGGAGGAGGAGGAGGAAGAGGAGGAGGAGGAAGAGGAGGAGGAGGAAGAGGAGGAGGAGGAAGAGGAAGAGGAGGAGGAGGAAGAAAAGGAGACGGGGAUGGCUAUGCCUCAUAACCAUCAAUCUCAACUGCCAGCGACCAGCCCGGAUGCUCCAUUUUACACUGCACCACCACCACACUACUUCACAGUAAACCACACAGUGUGCUCCAGCACCCCUGCCCACUGCCCCCUGCCCCACCCCGUGGACACCUCACCUAACAGUGACUCAGGAUGA